AUGAAAGAAGUCCUCGUAACCGGCGCUCCCAACGAGCCCCUCAAGACCACCAUCAUCGACUCCCCAAUCCCGACCCCAGGACCCAACCAACUCGUGAUCCGGAAUGUCGUCGUCGGCACGAACCCCAAGGACUGGAAGAUCCCCGUCGUGAUGUCCGGCAAGCUGCCGCCUAUGAAUACUGGCGAUGAUGUGGCUGGCUACGUACAUGCACUGGGUGAGGGUGUCACCGAGUUUCACGUGGGCGAUCGGGUUGCAGCGUUUCAUGAGAUGAUGAAACCUCACGGCGCCUUCGCGGAAUACACCCUCGCCCACGCCCACACGACCUUCCACCUCCCGCCCCAAACCUCCUUCGAAGAAGGCGCCACCAUCCCUCUCGCCGCCAUGACCGCCGCUGUCGGCCUGUACGCGCGUCUUGGGCUUCCAGAACCCUACGCUAAAGUGCAUGCUGCACGCGAAGCAGCCAAAGCGGGCGUGAUCGUGUACGGCGCGGCGAGCGCGGUGGGAGCGUUUGUGAUCAAAUUGUUGGUGAAGGCGGAUGUGCAUCCGAUUCUGGCGGUGGCGGGGAAUGGGAUUGGGUUCGUGGAGGGGUUGUUGGAUAAGGGGAAAGGGGAUGUGGUUGUGGAUUAUCGAAAGGGGGAUGAGGAGGUGGUUAAGGGGCUGAAGGCGGCGGCGAAGGGGGAUGUGUUGUUUGCUUAUGAUGCUGUGAGUGAGAAGGGAUCAUAUCAGAACAUCUGCCAGGUGCUCUCGCAAAAGGGCGGCGCGGCGAUCACACUCGUGCUGCCAGGCAAGAAAUAUGAUGAAAUCCCAAGCUCGAUUACGCAGUCGGUCACUACGGUCGGAUCAGUACAUGGGCAGCCGGAUGAUCUGGCGUUGUUGGGCUUUGCAUGGUACCGGCUCUUUGGUCAGGGAUUGCGUGAGGGAUGGUUCAGCGGGCAUCCGCAUGAAGUCGUUGCUGGUGGGCUCGGUGGUGUGGUCGAAGGACUGAAUAAUCUGAAGGAUGGCAAGGCUAGCGCGGUGAAGUAUCUGUACAGGGUUGCGGAUACUGAAGGUGUCAGUGCGAGCAAGAUCUGA